CGCACAACUAAUAGUCACAAUGGCAUCCGCAAUGGGAAAAGAAGGCGUUUUCCAGCCGCCACAGGCAGCUCAAUCCCAGAAUACUCCAGGGUUAGAGAAGAAAAUGGCACCAGCAAGUGAAGCGACCAAGCUGGAAUCCAGCGGCACUUUCGUUGAGUAUGUCGGUUCUGGCAAACUGAAGGACAAGAAAGCUCUCAUUACGGGCGGCGAUUCCGGCAUCGGCCGAUCGGUCGCGGUCUUGAUGGCUCGCGAAGGGGCCGACGUCACCAUUGUCUACCUACCCGAAGAAGAAGAGGAUGCUCAGGAUACCAAGAAGAUGGUUGAGGCCGAGGGCAAAUCAUGCCACCUCUUCAGCGGAGAUUUAAGAAGUCGCGAAACAUGUCGCAAAGCUGUUGAAGAACAUAUGAACACGUAUAAAAAACUGAACAUUCUCGUCAACAACGCUUCCAAACAAUUUAUGUGCAAGGAUUUCGCACAAAUAGAUCUGGACAAUGUUACCAGCACCUUCGAGAGCAAUAUCAUUCAGAUGUUCGCUAUCACAAAAUUUGCCCUUCCACAUCUAUCCAAGGGCGACUCCAUUAUCAACACCACAUCUACCGUGGCAUUCCGAGGUACAAGCGGUAUGGUUGACUAUAGUGCGACUAAAGGGGCUAUUGUUAGCUUUACCAGAUCAUUGGCAGCACAGCUGAAGACGAAGGGUAUCCGCGUCAAUGCAGUGGCUCCUGGUCCAGUUUACACUCCUAUUCAGGUCGAUACUCGAGAGCCCGAGCAGAUGGAGAACUUCGGCGCUGGAUCUUCCAUCGGUCGACCUGGCCAACCAAGCGAAGUCGCGACAAGCUUCAUCUUUCUUGCCAGCGCAGAUGCUGCACUGUUUUACGGCCAGGUUUUGCACUGCUAUCCUCUGGGGGAUUAAACAAAACUUGAAGCCGAGGACGAAUUGUCUAUGAAGCCACACCAGGGCAAAAGUACAGUGUCAAGCUCCAUGAACCAUUGCAACUUGGCAAUCGUUUCAAUGCUAAAGUUAGAUCCAAGGCGUCCCCGUACCUCUAAGCCAUUUGAUGUGAAAAUAUGUACAUGUA